GAAGAAAAAGGGGGAGGAGGAGGAAGAAGAAACGGGAAGAAAGUAGGAAAAGGAGCAGGAGAAGAAGAAGUGGCUUAAAAAAAACAACACGGACACUUGGCUGUCUGUUAACAAACAAGGUUACACAAUUAUACGAGAGAUAACAACCUGAUGCAUGAUGUGAGGUGUGUAAAAACCUUUUGACACCUGGAAGUGGAUGUUGAUAUGGUGGACCUGAGACUGACCCUCAGGAGCCCCCAGUCUCACUUUUAUAAUGAGAGCCUGGGGAAAAUGUUGCCACAGAUUAUGGAUCUAGGAUAUCGUCUUCCAUGAGAUUCCAAUUUCACAGCGCUUCAAUCAAACAGCUGUAAACAACAUGGAGAGAGAAGCAGCUGAGAAGGAAAUGGAUUGGGUUACUGACACUGAUGAGGACAUCCCUGAUGGUGAUCCCAACUUAGUGACCGAGGCUAGUCAGUGGGAGGCCAGGCCCACUGAUGAUGACUGUGAGCGGGACAAAACAGCCAAAUCUCAGGACACCCCACAUCCAGCCACUCCACCAGCCUCUGGUGCUGGCGAAGCAGAGUAUUGUGGAUCUACAGAGGCCAAAGAGGAUACUGAGGAGGCUUCAGAUGGGUUUGAGCAUGAUGACACUGCAGAGCAUGAGAACUCGCAUGUUAUAAAUCAAGAAGAGGAUGAAGCUGCGAAGGAGCAGCACAUGAACGGGGAGUCUGGUUGGAGGAACGUGGGACCUGGGCGGAGAUGCAGAUUCAGGAGCAGUGGGUCAGUUUCAGAGCAGAGCAGUCAAAGUGCUUUUUCCUCCCUUCAAAAAGGCAAUGUUAUGUCAAGUGGUGGUCGGCACAAGCAGACCCGCAGACGUAACCACCACCACCAUCAGCAGAACCGAGGCCGCAGGCGGACAGGCAACCAGCUCGUCCUAGCUUUCAAGGAGAUGCUGUCAGAGUCUCUGAGCUUUUGGUGCAUCUCCUGCGUCCACAUGAUGAUUGAGAUUAUUGUCACAUUAACUCACAAUUGUGGAGUUGGUGUGGAGGCUGGAGGGGUGAAACUUUACAACUUUGGGCAUCAGCUCCUUGUGAAGAUCACAGAUACAGCAGGAAUGAAAGCAGAUGCUAGUCGGAUUCUGAAAUGGACGAAAUGCGCAGGAACAGACCUGGUGGAUAAAAUUGUUCGGUUAGUAAAGUGGGUGAAGACAGCUGCCUUAUCUUUUUUGAGACUUUUCUGUGCUUUGGUUAUUCUCGGUUCCCAGUGGGCAAAGGGUGCGUUGGUUCGCUUUGGAGGAGAGAAGGGAAAACACUAUUGGACAGCUUUUCAGGAGUCAAGGUUUUGGAAGAGGGUGGUGUCCCUGCUGGAGACAGUCCGAAGCAGGUUCAGGAGGCAUGGCCAUGUACCACCGUCCAGCCCUGACUCUCCCGGCAGGGCAGGGAGAAGCCAGCCAGGCCAGGAGCUGGAGAGACUGCUGGCAUUGGCUGAGGUACCAGAGGACGAGCUCGACCCUUUUACAGUGCUGGGUGUGGAGGUGCAUGCCACUGAGGCUGAACUGAAGAAGGCCUACAGACAGCUGGCUGUCCAGGUCCAUCCAGACAAAAAUAAACACCCCCGUGCUGGAGAGGCGUUCAAAGUACUGAGGGCUGCCUGGGAUAUUGUCAGUAACCCAGAGACACGACGAGAGUACGAGUUGAAGCGUAUGGCAGCAACCGAGCUCUCAAAGUCGAUGAACGAGUUUCUCACUAAACUGCAGGAUGACCUGAAGGAAGCCAUGAACACCAUGAUGUGUACCAAGUGUGAAGGCAAACACAAGCGGUUCGAGAUGGAUCGUGAACCUGCUGAGGCCCGGUUCUGUGCCGAGUGCAACCGCUGCCAUAGUGCUGAGGAGGGGGACCUGUGGGCCGAGUCCAGCAUGUUGGGCCUACGUAUCACAUACUUUGCAUGUAUGGAUGGCAAAGUGUAUGAUAUUACAGAGUGGGCAGGUUGCCAAAGAAUCGGCAUUUCUCCUGACACGCACCGUGUGCCCUAUCACAUCUCUUUUGGUUCAAAGAACAACAGCAACUCCACACGACACAGGACACCCUCAGAGCACGCCCCAAGUCCGACCAACCCUGCAGAUUUGCAGGACUUCUUCAACCGCAUCUUCAAGGGAGGACCUCCUAACGACAUGGCUGCCAAUGGGGGAUUUUUCCCCUCAGGUCCCCCCCAUCAGCAGCCCCCUGGUGCCGGAGCGCCCCCGUUCUCCCCUCCCCCGAGCCAGACAGGUUUCUACAUGCCGGGGGGUCAGCGGCCAGAGUCCAGUGAGACAUGGGCUGAAAGUGGCAAACCCCCCCGAAGGAGGAAGAAGGUCCGCAAACCCUUCCAGAGGUGAAGUCCGUUGACCUCUCAGCGUAUCAACAUAACAACACAGGGACACAAUAAAUAACGGCCAUGUUUGUCUCUCGGCUCCCCGUCGGCCCGCCAAGAUCUGAACUCGAGAUAAUUCAUGUGGUUAAGGUCCGAUGAGCCAGAGGUGAGAGAGAGAGAGAGAAAGACGGGAUCAUUAAGAGGAGCCUGUUGUCUAAACAAGUAUUGAAGGAGGGUUGAAGAGGUGAUGGUGCUUUACCUCUCAUUUCACCUUGUUGUUCUGUUGGUCUUCAAGACGACUGUAGCCUUGGCAUUGAAAUCCUUAUCGGGAUGCUGUAAUGAAACGUUUUCCUUUUCAUAAUUUCCUGCCAAAUCCUGCAAAGCAUGAUUUAUUCACCUGUGUUUUAACACUUUUUUUUUUUUUUUUCUUCACUUUUGUUUUUAAUGUUUUGUAUAAGCUUAAGUUUAAGACGUUGGUUCCAGACAGAGUGACACUUGAAGAGAGAGGAUCCCCAUAAUUAACACGAAGAAGAUAAUGAUCUGGGCGACUUCACUGCGUCAGUGUACUCGUGUUAGAUCUGCACCUCGCCCACCGUAUUUCAAGAAUGAUUUGAAACCAGUUAAACCCAAAACCUCUGAACUGCUAGAAGUGCACUCAAAGUUCAGUUUCAGUGGUUAGAGAAACUAAACGCAUCCUUUCAAAGUUAUUACUAUAUGAAGAGUUGGCCAUUUGUGCAGAAUUAGUGCAUUUGUUAACCUCUGUUUUCAAAAGCCACUGAGCCAGAGAGGAGACGGUCAAGAUGUAAAAUCUGGACCAGAAUAAGUGAAAAUGAUAAGUGUUUUUGUUCUAGGAUCAACAGUUUCAAACAUGUUAAAUUUGCCUGCUGUUAGUUUCAGCUCCAGAUUGACGUUGUUAUUAGGGUUUAAAAUCUAACAGCAGGAAUGAGUUCAGUUAUGUUUCUGUAAUACCGAACCCCAGCUCAACUGCUUUGAUAAAUUCUCAAAACUUUAAAACUUGACGCGUUGACAUUUUGAAAUGCUGAUCUUUUUCUUCGCCAGGGAGGAAUUGCUGUUUUGAUGUCCACAUACAAUUGAUGCCCCCUGUUGAUUGACUGACUGUGUAACCACACAACAUUAAAACGGUGGUCACAGUUAAACUCAUUUACAAAGCGUAACCGCCGUUUGAGUCAUUUUAUAUCAUAAAGUGUGCUAAUUUACAUAUACUGAAGCAAGCCUGACCUGCACAAAACUCGAAUGCUGUCAAAUCAACAUUGUUACUUUUAAUUUGUUCAUUACCAACUGAAAACGGCACGCGUUUGCAAUGUGUUAGUUUCAUAUAGUUGAUUUGCGUAGUCGUUCAUGCUGCUACUGAAAAGUAAACCGUUUUGAUCAGGGUCUCACUUGUUGUAGAGUACCAUUUUAUGCCAGCAAAGAUGUUUCGGAGCAUGUUAAGACGUGCCUUCUACAUCACUGAUCUGUCAUUGACUGUCACCAAUUAAAGAAACGAAUCAUCGGACUCUUAAAGUUUUGCAGAUAUAAACUGGUGUAUUCUUCUGGUUAAUACUGCCACCUGGACGUGGGUCAGCUUUCAAAAUGUCAAAGUCACAGAAACGCUAAAGCUAAACAGCUGAUUCCCCUGUGUUACUACUGUACAGUAUGUAAAAACAUGAAGGGGUCAGAAAAAUAAUUGGUUGUAUUUGGGGUUUUGUUUCUUGACAUGGUUCUUACAUAGAAAUAAUUUAAUGUUCAUAAGUUAAGAAAACAGCUGUUGUUUACAGUGUGAGUGUAGUGAAAUGGCAAUGUGUGAUAAGGCAUUUGAUAAAGGCUAUUUUUUUAUAUUGACAGUUGAUGAUGAAAAGUACCACGUUCAAUGUUUUUUUUGUGUUAAUUUGCACACCCACAACUGUAAUAACAUCAGAGCGAUUCAGCCUAACCAGACUCCUGCAGCUGCGUAGGAGGUGUAGCUUGCUAAGAUAACGGCUCAUUUGCAAUUAAGAUUAUUUUUUGGUAGAAACUGAAUGUUAAAUGAGUGAGAACAAUUUCAAUGAAAAAACACAUUUAAGUCCACGUCCGUCACUCUGGGAAACCCAAGUAUCAGAACUAUCUUCUGUAUUUGUACUUCAUAAUGCAGGUUUGUCUGGUAGCUUGAAAAGAGGAACCUUUGAUGCAAAUGUUUGAGCUCAUUGAAGCAGGUCAUUAAGUUUGCCAUGUUUGUUUUUAAUCUGUCAAAAUAGCUUUUCUCUUGUAUGCAUUUGACCAGUUCUCCAGCCACGGUUUGAGUUGUCAACUAAAAAGGGCCCUUUUAAAUGAAACCAACUGAAAAUGUAAAAAUAAAUCUGGAUUUAUUUUUCAUUCUGGUGAAAAACCAUUUGAUAGUAUAAAGAAAGGUUCGGACAGAACUAUGAGGCCUUAAAAUAUUUUUUUCAAUUGGGCAGGAUUCAGGUCGGCAACUGUGUGAUAAUCAGAAAACUAAAAUUGACUUUGAUCAAAUAUUUCAUUCACAAAUUAGGUUAAUUUGAUGUUUUUAAUUUUUUUAUUACCUGUCAUUUCUCAUCUUACAUACAUAUUUGGGCCUUUAUUAUCUAAGUUGUUUUCUUCAGAUCAUCAAAUAUCUGAUUCAGCCCUGUCUGGAAAACUGGAUUAACAGCUAUACCCACGUUGAGCAGAGUGCUUUGUUUUCCCACACGUCCACCUUGACUUGAGAAUGUUCUGUGCUGUACGUUAAGGUAGCAGGUUGAAGUCCAAGAGGUCGAUGAAAGAGCCAACACUUCAGAUUUCUUUUUCCUUCUCCAGCUUUUAACAGAAUAUGCAGAAGUAUUGCAAAAAAAUAAAUAAUCAGACAGACAAUCAGGGUUUUUUCUUUGAGGGAAUUAUGAGGCGAGUUCCCUGGCUGGCAAAACAGUUUUAAAAUAUCACUGUUGGGUUUCUUUUCCCCCGCUUUCUCUGGUUUUCAAAAUAAAGAGGAUUUCCUAUA